UGAUACUCUGCUCGAGCCCAUUCAGCGAUUGCAUGGAUCGAGACACGGCAAAUGUAAUGCGUAUUAUGGAACCUGCGCAUUUGUUCAUUGUGAAUGGCGUGCUGCGGAUCGGAUGGUGUCAAUGGAAAGAGAUGACGACGCAUCAUGACAACUGGCAACGAAUGUUUGGGGCAUUUUUUUGCAGUAAGUGAUCUUGUCAGGGCACAUAUAUUGAUCAAUUGAUGGUCUACUUUCUAACUGUUUUUCCUUUUUUUAUUCG